AUGGAGGCUCUUGCUGCCCCUGAUGAGCUCCUUACGUUCCCUGCUUCGCUGUUGGCUGUCGGCGAGAAUGGCUUGCAGAUUCUGUCGCUCCCGCAGCUGCAGCCGCAAGUCAUGCUGCUACCAGACGUGGGCUCAUACCAGGGCCCCCUGGAAGGCCCCCUUGGGGGCCCCUCCCACCAGAAGGGCCCCCCGUCCUUUGCGGCUGCAGCGGUCUGCAGCCUCGGCGCGAACAGCAGCAUCUUUGUGGCGGCCCUGCAACACAAACCGACGCUUCUUUACUUCAAUGUAACGAAAAAUGCUGCGGUGUACAGACAGUCGACACCGACCAUCGUGCGCUGCUUGGCAGCGGACAGCAGCGGAAGCUUCCUUUUUGCAGGGGACGACGCGGGUGUCUUGACAGUUUGGCAGCUCUCUGCAGUGGUGCUGCAGCAGGGGGCCUCUGCAGCUGCUCCUAAUGCCGAAGCGCCUCUGCAGCACAAGUUGACUCCCUUGAUCUGCAGUUGGCAGGCUCAUGACAGCGGCGUGUGCUGCAUUUGCAUCCACCGCAGCCUUCUUAUUUCUGCGGGCCGUGAUGGAAGUCUGAAAGCCUUCCAGCUAGCCGACGUCCUCUCUAUGGGCUCAGCUUGGAAAGGAGGGGCAGCUGGAAUCACUUUAAAUGCAUCGUCUGCUGUGGAAAUGAGCGGGCUUGGCAGCGGCAGCUCUCGUAAACCUGUGCGCCGUUGGCAAGGGCAUACAGAGGCUGUGUCAAGCUGCUGCUUCUUGGAGGGGCCUGCACUGCACCGAAGUGCAGGAUCUUGGUUGCUUUUAACGGCAGCAGCCGACAGAUCUGUACGGGUCUAUGGAGGAAAUUCCGAUGAGUGCUUGGAAGCAUUUCGCUUGCCAGCGGCUCCGCUCUGUCUCUCAGUGGAUGCGCAGGGGCCUACGGCUCUUGCUUUCGUGGGCUGUGCAGACGGCAAUGUGUAUAUCUUAAAGAUAGCUUCCGCGGCGGGCAGCAACGGAGGCGGAAGCGCUGCUCUGUUGAGAGAAAUAUGGGUUUGCCCUCCAAGCAGCAGCAACAGCAACAGCAGCACUAGCAGCAGCACUAGCAGCACGAGCAGCAGCAGCCGGCAUGCUGCUGUAUUACGUGGUCACACUGCCGCAGUGCGUGGAUGUGUCAGCCUUCGAGAUGGUCGAGUCGUCACCGCAGCAGCAGAUGGCAUUCGUCUGUGGCGGGCAUCAUGUGGAGUUAGUAUUACGCACAUCCCACCCAGACAAGGCCUGGUCCUGCCUCUGGAGGGAUUGCAGCUGCUGCUGCUGCAACACACGGGAACGCAGCGGCUGCUGUCUCCCCUGGGCUUACUGCGACAGCACGGGGGAGGUGGUGGCGACAACUCAGCAGCGACCGCGUUGUGUCUGCUGCAGCGGCGCGUGGAGCAGCAGCAGCUGCUGCAUGCAGCCCUGCUGCAGCGGCAAGUGGCAGGAGAUCGAGUGCCUCUCUUCCGCGCAGAUCCUCGCAGAUUCAAGAAGCACGUGCAAAGCCUACAGAUUUACGGCCAAAAAACUAGCGACGCUCCGCUCUGCAUGCAGCAGCUGCUGAAACUGUCGCAGGGCGCUGCGAGCACGCUGCAAGACGCCGUUCUGCGGCUUCUGAACAGCGCCGAUACCACGGGUGCCUCGGCAGAAGGAGCCCACAAAGCGCCUUUGGCAGUAGACGCAAGAGCCGUGGAUGCCGAUGAGGAGUCCUCUGUCUCCUCUGAAGACAAGGCUCCAGAGGCAGUAUCUGCAUCAGCCCUCGCCGUUUGA